GAGCGCAUAUGCAAAAUGACCCUGUCUAUGAAGGUAUCCACUAAAAUCUGAGCGAGCCCCUGGACAGCAUUUGUCCACUAGACAUUGGACAAUAAAACAUUUGGACAUCACGGUACUGGUGACUCCUCGCUGUUUCUCCAGUUCAAGGUGAAGCAGAAGCUUAGCAGCAGAAAAAAUGGGAAAUCGGGGGAUGGAAGAUUUGAUUCCGUUGGUUAACCGGAUGCAGGAUGCGUUUUCUGCGAUCGGACAAAAUGCCAACCUGGACCUUCCCCAGAUCGCCGUGGUUGGAGGUCAGAGCGCAGGGAAAAGCUCGGUACUGGAGAACUUCGUGGGGAAGGAUUUUCUGCCUCGAGGCUCUGGCAUCGUGACUCGCCGCCCCUUGGUGUUGCAGCUGAUUAACUGUCCAACAGAAUAUGCUGAGUUUCUCCACUGCAAAGGGAAAAAGUUCAUUGAUUUUGAGGAAGUCCGUCAGGAGAUCGAAGCCGAAACAGACCGCGUCACUGGACAGAACAAAGGCAUUUCCCCAGUACCCAUCAACCUGAGAGUCUACUCCCCUAAUGUCCUGAAUCUGACUCUGGUGGACUUGCCUGGAAUGACCAAAGUGCCGGUGGGGGAUCAGCCAGCUGAUAUUGAGCUCCAGAUCAAAGAUAUGAUCAUGCAGUUUGUUACAAAGGAAAACUGCCUCCUGCUUGCAGUCUCUCCUGCCAACUCAGACCUUGCAAACUCGGAUGCCCUCAAGAUUGCCAAGGAAGUGGACCCUCAAGGUGUGAGAACGAUUGGUGUGAUCACUAAAUUGGACCUGAUGGAUGAGGGUACAGAUGCACGUGAAAUUUUGGAAAACAAGCUUCUUCCUUUACGUAGAGGCUACAUUGGAGUCGUGAAUCGUAGUCAGAAAGACAUUGAUGGAAAAAAGGACAUUACUGCUGCCAUGGCAGCUGAGAGGAAGUUCUUCCUCAGCCACCCUUCCUAUCGUCACUUGGCUGAGCGCAUGGGGACGUCUUACCUGCAGAAAGCCCUCAAUCAGCAACUGACUAAUCACAUUCGGGACACGCUGCCAGGGCUGAGGAACAAGCUACAAAGCCAGCUGCUGUCCAUUGAAAAGGAAGUGGAAGAGUAUAAGAACUUUCGCCCAGAUGACCCCUCUCGCAAGACCAAGGCUCUUCUUCAAAUGGUUCAGCAGUUUGCAGUGGAUUUUGAGAAGUGCAUUGAGGGAUCCGGUGAUCAGAUCGACACUUAUGAGCUGUCAGGGGGAGCCAGGAUCAACCGUAUCUUUCAUGAGCGUUUUCCCUUUGAACUGGUCAAGAUGGAAUUUGAUGAGAAAGAAUUGCGUAAGGAGAUCAGCUAUGCUAUUAAAAACAUCCAUGGUAUCAGGACUGGUCUCUUCACCCCUGAUAUGGCCUUUGAGACGAUUGUGAAGAGACAGAUUGCUAAGAUCAAAGAGCCAUGUCAGAAAUGUGUGGACAUGGUCAUUUCAGAGCUGGUCAAUACAGUCAGGCAGUGCACUAAGAAGUUAGCUCAGUACCCAAUGUUGAGGGAGGAAAUGGAAAGGAUUGUCACACAGCAUAUCCGUGACAGAGAGAGUCGCACAAAGGACCAGGUGAUGCUACUGAUUGACAUUGAGCUGGCCUACAUGAACACCAAUCAUGAAGAUUUCAUUGGUUUUGCUAAUGCCCAACAGAGAAGCAGUCAGAUGAGUAAAAAGAAGGCUGCAGGGAAUCAGGAUGAGAUAAUGGUGAUCAGAAAGGGCUGGCUAACCAUCAAUAACAUUGGCAUCAUGAAGGGAGGAGCGAAGGAGUACUGGUUUGUGCUGACUGCUGAAACUCUAUCCUGGUACAAAGAUGAUGAGGAGAAAGAGAAGAAAUACAUGCUUCCUGUGGAUAACCUGAAACUCCGAGACAUUGAGAAAAGCUUCAUGUCCAGCAAACACAUCUUUGCCCUGUUUAACACUGAACAAAGGAAUGUGUAUAAGGAUUACAGGCAGCUAGAGUUGGCAUGUGAGACACAAGAAGAAGUGGACAGCUGGAAGGCCUCCUUCCUGCGUGCUGGUGUUUACCCAGAGCGCAUAGUGGACAAGGAGAAGCAAAGUGAAAGCAGUGAGGAGAACAGCUCGGAUAGUUUCAUGCACUCCAUGGAUCCUCAGCUGGAAAGGCAGGUGGAGACCAUCCGCAACUUGGUGGACUCCUAUAUGGCUAUUGUCAACAAGACUGUACGCGAUCUGAUGCCCAAGACCAUCAUGCACCUUAUGAUCAUCAAUGCUAAAGAGUUCAUUCACGCUGAGUUGCUGGCCCAGCUCUAUUCGUGUGGAGACCAAAACACUCUGAUGGAGGAAUCGGCCGAACAGGCUCAGCACAGGGAUGAGAUGUUGCGCAUGUACCAUGCACUAAAAGAAGCCCUGAGUAUUAUUGGAGACAUCAGUACGACCACUGUGUCAACUGCUAUGCCUCCACCAGUAGAUGACUCCUGGCUACAGGUGCAGGGAGGACCCUCAGGACGAAGAUCCCCUAUGUCAAGCCCCACACCUCAACGCCGAGCUCCUCCUGGACCUCCUCGUCCUGGAGCUCGUGCUGCUCCAGGGCCUCCUGCUGCUGGAGCUCCACCUGUCCCCUCCAGACCGGGAGCCUCCCCAGACCCACACAGUGGCGCACCACCCCAAGUACCCUCACGCCCCAAUCGUGCUCCUCCAGGAGUCCCAAGAAUUUCUAUCAGUGACCAAUGAGGAGAUGGUACGUAACAAAAUGUCGUCCGAGCAAAGGCAGUCCUUCUCAUGGAGAGAACCCUCAUCCCUCGUUUGACUAGUAGAUCCCAUUCUUCCUCGCCCUUUCUCUCUUGCUUUUCCUCUGACGAGGAGGAUUUUGAUGGGUGGACAUAAAAGCCAGAUAGAUCCAUAUCUGUCUAUCUGCUAUGAAGAUUUUAUUACACUACAUAAUGUUAAUGUGUGUUUAAAUGCAGAGGAAAUGUAGGGGGAUAUUAGCAGAGAUUCCUAAAGAAUAAAGCAGCCUCUCUAUUUUCAAGAUGAAUUCCCAGUAUAGACUCACAUCAUUUGUUAAAUCGACUGCAGUGUUAUUUGUAAUGAAGGUGCUGUGCAGUGUUUCUAUGUUUACAAAUAGAUAAUAUUAAUGUGGUCCAUAUUGAGCAAUCGCUAAAGAAAUGCCUGCAAACGUUUUGCCCUGUUUGUCAGAUUACAAAUACUGUAUAUGUUACUGUACACAUGCUUUCAGCCUACAACUGAGGCACAACUAAAUAUUCGGUGGUGCUAAAUGUUUCCUUUAUUAUCAACUACUUAAGUGUAAUAAUUCUAUGUGCAGGAGCUUUUGAAACUAGCUGUAUUAAAAGUAAUACAUCACCUGAAAUUUUCAGUGAGGCUAAUAAUGAAUGAAAGCUAGUAGGAGAUAGUCAAUACUGUAUUAUGCAAUGAAAUCCUGCCAAUGGAUUUCCUCUAGCCUUCUUUUAUUAUUAGCCAUAAUUUUUUGUGAAGAAUCCACAUGUAUGUAUAUAUUGGAAUGCAUAUUGUGCAAUAUGUCUUAAGGAGUAUGUUGUCCAAAUUAUUAGAGAAUUAAGCUACCCUGCUUUAAUUUAAUGAAACGAGUGACAUAAUUUCUUAAAGAGGGUCUUGGAUAAGAAUAGGAAUUAAUCAUAAUGAAUGAAAGAAAAAUAUUUUGUCAACCCCUACCCAAAUGUGAGAGUAAAUACAAUAAUAUUUCACACUAUUUUUCAAUGUUAUACGCACAUUAGGAUUGUGCUUGGUGUAUGUUUGUGAUGCAUCUCUGGGAAUUUUGCUUCUGUUACUUUGUGUACUGAUUGAUGUACAAUAAUUAGAUAACUAAUAACAAGGUGAAAGAAGUGACAGCAAAUGAGUGAUAUGUGUAUAUAUUAUGAGUCAUUCUAUUUAAAAGAAUAAUGUGAAUGUGUUUGUGUCUUGUGCCUGAUAUGGCCUCCUGUAUCUUACUGCCACUGGCUCAACCUGAGAAACUGGCCAGUGCUUUGUGUUUACAUUAAACUGUGAAAUAAGUUAUGUUAUGCAAGUGUCUGUUUAUAUAAUGCAAGUAAAUCCUGUACUUAUAGUCAUGUAGGCAUCAGCUGAAAUGUUUAUUAAUUCAGUCAUUCAGUCACUUUAGUAACUAGUCAGGGAUGCAGUGAAUCCAGACUCAUCUUCAUCAUUUAGGGCAUCAUUCAUGCACAUUCUUACUAAUGCACCAACAUGCCAAUUUCUCUUUUUUUUCUUCAUUAUUUACAUAAGCUAAUACACUGCAUUGUGAAAAAUAAAAUAAAUAAAUAGUCACUCAUUUGAAUCAUAGAAAAUUUACACUAUGCAAUGUGGGGGUGCAAAUUUGAGUCUUUUUUUCUGACUAGUCUCACUAAGCAUUGG